AUGCUAUCAUCUAAGGAUGGAAGGGCGGCGGUCGCCAUGCCAACGAUUUUAAAAAAGUUCCUUACUCUAGCAGGGAUGUAUAAAUUUUGCUCCCGCAAACUGAUUUUUCCACUCAAAUAUCAUCUGCCCAAGUCAUUUUCCCGCAAAAUUCCAAUUGCCGAGAAAACCAAAAUCCUGAUCAUCGGCGCAACUGGGUACAUCGGGAAAUUUAUAGUGGAAGCCAGCGCCAAAUCCGGCCACCCCACCUUCGCUUUGGUCAGAGAAAGCACAGUUUCCGAUCCUGCCAAGGCAAAACUCAUCGACGGCUUCAAAAACUCCGGCGUCACUGUGCUCCAUGGAGAUUUGUACGACCACGAGAGUUUGGUGAAGGCGAUAAAGCAGGUGGAUGUGGUGAUAUCCACCGUUUCAACAAUGCAGUUAUUAGAUCAAGUUAAAAUCAUUGCUGCCAUUAAAGAAGUUGGCAAUAUCAAGAGGUUCUUCCCUUCGGAGUUUGGAGGUGAUGUGGAUCACGUGAAUGGGGUUGAGCCAGCCAAAACUUUAUUUGCAAUGAAAGUCCAAAUCAGAAGAGCUAUUGAGGCAGAGGGAAUUCCUCAUACGUACGUGUGUUCAAACGGCUUUGCCGGCUAUGUUCUGCCUACAUUAGCACAGGAAGGACUUUCUGCACCCCCCAGAGACAAAGCAGUCAUCCUUGGAGAUGGAAAUCCUAAGGCUGUCUUCAACGAUGAGCAUGACAUUGCUACCUACACCAUCAAAGCUGUGGAUGACCGAAGAACACUGAACAAGAUUCUUUACAUCAAGCCUCCUAAGAACAUAUACUCAUUCAACGAGCUCAUUUCCUCAUGGGAGAAAAAGAUUGGAAAGACCCUCGAAAGAAUCUAUGUCCCGGAGGAUCAAAUUCUCAAGCGAAUCCAAGAAUCCCCAGGUAUCAACCACUUGGUGUUACUUUUAGCAAUCUACCACUCGGUGUUUGUGAAGGGAGACCAGACCAACUUCGAGAUUGAGCCUUCGUUUGGGGUUGAAGCGUCUGAGCUUUAUCCGGAUGUCAAAUACACCACAGUUGAGGAAUACCUUGAUCAGUUUGUUUGAGCGAUUAUAUAGCACCUUACUUCUUUUUUCUUGUAAAAUAAAAGACCUCCUGAAUGUUUAUACUUGAGGCGAAUGCAUGGGUUCAAUGGCUUAAUGUAAGAAGACUUGAGUUUGAUGAAAUAAAUGGUUGUUUCCUACAUUUCAUUG